AUGCCGCUUUUGCGAAUCGUUGACGUUGUGGAAAAAUUAUUUUUCGCCCAGUGCGCGCCCGUCCCGUGCCCGUGUGGGGGGGGCAGGGUGGUGGGCGGCGACCGCCGCAUACCGUCCUACAGCGGGGACUAUCGCUACGCCAGGGAAGACAAGGACGUUGACGUGCAGCUGCUGCUGUUCGAAUCGUUCGGCGGGUUCGGGAGGGGGAUCCGUGAGAUCCUCCGGAAGGCCGCAGACGUGCUACAGAACAAGCUGACGCGGGCCCAGUACCUCGAUGAGGUGACUUGGACCACUAAGAGUUGGCUGGGGUUGCAGAAGCAGCGUAUCGCGGUCAUUCUUCAUACGGCCAUCGCAGAGCAGAUUGUGAAUGAGCUUGCCUGUCCGGCAGAGGGAGGGCAGAGCCACCAGAUCGCCAUGACGAACGCCGGGCGGGGGGUCCGUAAGCGUCGCGUGGCGGUCGAAAUGGAGGACAAAGAGCUCGAAGUGGAGACGCCCACUGUCGACGCAUCUGGGACAGUGGACGUGCCUUCAAUCACCGCCGACCGGGCUGCCUACGGCGGCGAGGUCGGUGGGCCCGCGGUGGACGUCAGCCUCCCCUCAGUGCUCAGUCGAAGCCACCGCCCCGGCGGUGGACUCGUGGACAUUAGCGCUCCCUCCGCGGGCGCCUCGUACGGCAUGCCUGCUGCCGGCGUCGAAACGCCCACCAUCGACGUCGGGGGUCCCAGGAAUGAUCAGAAUGGCUCAAAUGCUCCAUAG